AUGCCUACGGAUGAUCGCCAUGAUCGCCUAAAGGAAACGCAGUUGAUUACAUUCAACCUCAGUCUCGACAGCAUAUUACCUCUCACUACGGAACAUACCCCCGGUAGAUUUGUUCUCCCAACCCUUCUCAAUCCUCUUGUUCGAAGUAUUACUGGUGGCUGCAUUGUUUCUGGGGCCAAACACGAACGGUUAUCGCUAAUGAGGCAUCACAAGUUCGAUGAUUUCGUUUCCGUAUUUCCUCAAUCCACACUCGGCGCACGCUCUGUUUGCUGCAUGCGAUAUCACCCCCUCCUUUCCUUUCUUGACCCAUCUCCUGUUGAUACGAAUAUCCAUUUCUCCUCAACCCUUCUCCCAUUUCGUUCUCAAUCACCUCUCUGUCGGUACUCUGAGCUUGUCAAGGAAGCCAGAAAUAGGUACAGUAGCUUCCAGGAAACAAAGAAGACUACCAUGUCUGCACCAGUUGUGAUUUUGCCACAAUUUGACAACAUGUCCCUCUUCCGAACUCAUUCGGAUACAUACCGACACGGGGGCUCUAAUCAACAAACAACAUUCCCACGUGGGACUCAAUGCCGAGAUUUGUAUCCGCUACCCCUAACCUUGGCUUCAGGGGCCUCUGGCGCUCAGGGUCCAAGGAGGAGUUCUAAAGGAGCCGCAAGUCUUUUGGAACUAGCCACAAUUGUUCGUCGGAUUGGGAAGCUCUGUAUUCACUCAAUGACUUUAUAUUCUCGCAUGCAACACCUCGCAAUAAACGUUCAAUGUCCUAGACACGACACUUUACCAGCUUCAAAUCACUCCACGAAGCUGUCGGAGACACACAUUGCGCAUCAAAACCACCCGGCGUGUAAAGCGUCAACACCGACAGUACGCGACCGGUCCAAGGGAGCACUCCCGCCUCAAUUGUCUCGUAACCCAAUACAGCCCACCAAUGAGCUCCACCAGGAUUCCCCAGAUUGCCCUGCUCCCCAGUUCUGGCGUGACGCUGCUUGUCCUCAUCUCAAACUUUAUCUCGCACAGGCACCUGAGGGUUGCCAUCGAAUCCGCAUGCUCAGACAGGAGAAUCAUGCCAUGUAUCCGACGGUCACACCACCAACCAACUACUCUCACUUCAGUCACUUCCAACUCUUUCAGCCACCAAAAACCUUCGAUCCUUCCAUGCCAUCCCUGAACUUCCAGCGAGUGCCAACUUGUCCGAAGAGCCACAGGAGCCACCGCCUAAUCGGGACAAUAUUUCCUUCGCUUUCUUUCCACGUUCCGGGGCUCCACUUGAGAUCUUGCAUAACGGUCAGCCACGUUGGAAAUUUCUCAGACCGUCAGACGCCGGGAUGUGCACAGCGCCAACGAAGAAGCGGGGACAUUUUUUUUCUCGAAGCACUAACGACCUUGACGCUGGGCGAGAGAUCUUAG